GCCCGGGGGAGGGAAACGGAGGCGGCGGAGGCUGAGCCCGGCCCGGAGGGGUCCGUUCUGCAGGAAUUUCUCUCCUGGAAGCCGAAACGGGGUCGGACGCGAUCUGGAGCUGAGCCCCUUCCCCUCUACCUGAAUAUCCCUGUGAGCAGCAGCAGCCCUGGCAUAGAGGCAAGUUGUCUGGGCAGUGUUUUCUUCCAAGCUGCCCAUCGUGUUUUGGUUGAAACAGCUGAAUUUGGGAAGUUCUGCUUUUGCCCCUCAUCUCUGUGGUGGUGGGACCCGAGGCUGUUUCAGUUCAGCGCAGGAGCUGCGAGUCCAGAAGAGGUUUGUGAAGUUAAUUUUUCACUGGCAGCCAGAGCGUGUUGCAGCAGUGCAGGAGGGUUUAGGAGGCCAAGCAGGGGUCAGGACUGCCCUCUGUGAGCUGCUGCCCCAGCCAGGGGGGCUGUUUGGGAUGUGGGGCCUCUUUAACCAGGCAAAGUGGGAAAAGAGCUCUCGGGAGGGAAGCUGAGCAGCAAACAGCCUGGUUUUGUCUGCAUCUGUGCCCCUUGGAUUCAGGCAGGCAUGGGUUACAGACCCAUUCUGAUGAAGAAAUUACGGGUAUUUUUAAAACAAACAGUGUCAUCCCCACCUCCUCCUGUUCCCAAACUUUGAAAAGCUUUUCCUGUCUGAGCUGUCCCUGAAACAACGGCACUGCCAGGGUUGAGGCAUAAAUCAGCACUGGAGCUGGAUGGGAUCCGGGCUGUUCUCUUCAGGACUUGUCUGAGCACGAGCAGGCUGCUCUCCGGCCGCACCUAUCGUGGGAAAAACGACACAAAACAGACAAACAAACAAACAAAUCUGGCAAAGCAUUUGAGCUGCCCCGCGCUCUGACUUUGCGUCGAAGCCACUUUUAAACCCCGCAGCAAAGCUUUCCUUCCACCCCAAGAUAUUUUGCACAGCAGGGACCCGGAGUGGGGCCACACCAUGGCAACGUUUGUCAGUGAGAAGCUCAGCCGGCUCUUCAUUAACGUGAGGCAGGUCCCUCAGCUGCUGGGGCCCCUCUCUCCCUCCACCGUCAGCAGCUCCGAGGUGCCCAAGGUCUUCUGGAAGCCCUACAUCCACACCGGCUACCGGCCCGUCCAGCAGACCUGGCGCUACUACUUCUCCACCCUCUUCCAGCAGCACAACGAGGCCAUCAACGUCUGGACCCACCUGGUGGCAGCGCUGAUCCUGCUGCUGCGCUUCCAGCAGCUCUCGCGGCGGGUGGACUUCGGGCAGGACCUGCACGCCCAGCCCCUCAUCAUCAUCGCGGCCUCCAUCACCUACCUGACGUUCAGCAGCCUCGCCCACCUCCUGCAGGCCAAAUCCGAGUUCUGGCACUACAGCUUCUUCUUCAUGGACUAUGUGGGGGUUGCUGUUUACCAGUAUGGCAGCGCCCUGGGGCACUAUUACUACGCCAUCGAGCCGAGCUGGCACGAGAGGGUCCGGGGGUUUUACAUGCCGGUGGCCGUGCUCCUGGCCUGGCUGUCCUGUGCUGGCUCCUGCUAUGCCAAGUACCGGUACCACCAGUCUGCCCGGCUCCUGGGCCGGCUGUGCCAGGAGCUGCCCUCGGGCCUGGCCUACCUGCUGGACAUCAGCCCCGUGGUCCAUCGCAUCUGCACCGCGCCGCCCUCGGCGCGCCCGGACCCCGCUCUGCUCUACCACAAGUGCCAGGUGCUGUUUUUCCUCAUCGGUGCCUUUUUCUUCUCGCAGCCUUACCCCGAGAAGUGGUUCCCUGGCAAGUGCCACUUCUUCGGGCAGAGCCAUCAGAUCUUCCACGUGUGCCUGGUGCUCUGCACGCUGGCGCAGAUCGAGGCCGUGGUGCUGGACUACGAGUCCCGGCGGCACAUUUAUUCCGCUCUCCAGGGGGACCUGGCACACAACUUCUCUGCCCUUUGCCUCUUCACUGUGACCUGCUCUGUCCUCACAGCCGCCUACAUGGCCCGGAAGGUGAAGAACAAGCUGGGCUUCAAGGAAGAGUAAAAGCCCUGAAGGAGAAGCAGGUGAGCUCAGCCCGUGCUGGAUGAAUCCUGCCCCAAAACCUUGAGAAGAAGAAUGAGAUGCUUCAUGAACUGUUACUCAGCAAGUGCUUUCUAUAGGAAGGAAAAGUAAAAGCUGCUUUUUUUAUGCUCUUUUUUUUUUUUUUUUA